AUGGAUUUUUCAGCCAAACAUGGGCUGGUGUUGCUCGAUCAGCUGAGGAGGAUGAGGGAGUCUGAGAAUCUGACAGAUGUGGUGCUGGUUGCUGAGGGCAUUAGCUUCCCCUGUCACAGGGUUGUUCUAUCUGCCUUCAGCCCAUACUUUCGUGUCAUGUUCACAUGCGGCCUGCGUGAGUGCAACAACAGAGAAAUAUUCCUGCGUGACACCCCUGCAGACAGCUUGGCUCUCCUCUUGAACUACAUGUAUUGCUCAGAUCUUCCUCUCACUAACGCCAAUGUACAAGGCAUCUCUAUUGCAGCUUUUCUCCUGCAGAUGGACGACGUCUUUGCUCGUUGCCAGCAGCACAUGACCGAGAACAUGGAUGCAUCUAACUGCCUUGGUGUGUAUUACUUUGCCCGUGACCUUGGUGCAGAGGAACUGUCUGACCAUGCUCAGCGCUUCCUGAGGCAGCACUUUGUCCAAGUCUGCCAUAGUGAGGAGGUGCUGGAGCUGGAGGCUCAUCAGCUGGGAAAGCUCCUCUCUUCUGAUGACCUUAAUGUUUCACGAGAAGAGACCAUCUUGGAUGUGGUCCUUCGCUGGGUCAAACACAACAUUGUAAUGGAUGGAGAGGUACGCACUAGGCAUCUCCCAGAGCUCUUGAGGAAGGUCCGUCUGCCACUGAUAUGCCCCGACUAUUUAAAAGAGGCAAUGAAGAGGAAUACAGCUCUGCUGGCUGACGCUGAAUGUCUGGAGAUGUUGAAUGAAGCUUUACAGGUCACAGCGAUGCAUCCCUCAGCUACACCACGCAAACUAAAGUUGCGGUAUGGGAUGGAGACCACAGAUCUGCUGCUCUGUGUGGGUAACGACAGUAGUGGGAUUAGGUCAAGAUAUGGCAACUUUAGCGAGCGCAGCUUUUGUUUUGCCCCAUCCACAGGCCGAAUUUAUUACAUCACUUCACCUCGCUAUGGAGACGCUCUGGGGUAUGUGUGUGCCGGGCUUGUAACAGAAGACAAUAACAUUAUAGUAUCAGGAGAGACCAGUACUCGCAGAAUGGCCAGGCAGAAGGACGUGAAUGUUGAGCUCUACAGGUACAAAGUAGAGGCCCAAGGGAGCUGGGAGCGCCUGACGUCAGCAGAGUACCGUGAUUCUUAUGGUCUAGGAUCACUGGGCGACACUCUGUACCUGAUUGGUGGGCUGAUGAAGCUGAAGAACCAGCUUCUUAUUACUAACUGUGUGGAACGGUGGUCUCUGCAGGGAGGCCCCUGGCGCAGCGCAGCCCCUCUGCCAAUACCUUUGGCUUAUCACAGUGUGGUCAGGCUGAAAGACUGCCUUUAUGUGAUUGGUGGUCGAACUCCACAGUCAUACCGAAUGGAUGAUGAGCCCGACCAUCUUAGUAACCGCCUUCUGGAGUAUAAUCCAAACACAAACAAGUGGACAGAGCUAGGUCCAAUGAAGUACUCAAAGUACCGCUGCAGUGCUGUUGUGCUCAAUGGUGAAAUUUUUGUAAUAGGCGGCAUUGGUUGUGAGGGUAUGGAUCGUGGGCAAUCUCGCCGCUGUCUCGAUGCUGUGGAGAUCUACAAUCCAGAUGGAGAUUACUGGAGGGAUGGACCUCCUCUCCCCUGUGCCCAGCUUUCACUUCGUACCAAUGCCUCAAAUGCAGGAGUGGUGGGAGGAAAGAUUUAUGUGUGUGGAUACUACAAAGAAGCAGGUCGUAAUGAUGAUAUAACAAAAGACAUUUUGGAGCUGGACCCGUGGGAGAACAGGUGGAUUCUGUUGGCUCGACAUGUUCUGAUGCAUGACAACUAUGAUGUGUGCUUAGUGGCAAGUCUCAACCCAAGAGGUCUCAUGUCCCCACCUGCAGACUUAGUGAAAAUGUGACACAUCAUCCCAGAUCAUAGUCUGUUUGAGAAUUUGAGGUGGAAAUUAUUAAUCAGUAAUGCACUUAUUGCUGGGCCAAAAGCUUUCAUUUUGUCAAGCAGAAAAGGUCUUAGUGCUCUGCAUGAAAAACGAUCUGCAGUUAAUUAAUGACUUGCAUGCUGUGAGAAUGAGAACAAAAUUACUUGUACAGAUUUUUUUGCUGCUUUUUAUCUUUUUGUGUAACAUCUGCAAAGAUGCAUUUCCUGAUUCCUGCAACUGUGUAGUGCAUAGCUGAAACAGUAUGAUCACCAACAAA